CUGUACCAGUCAAAUUAAUAAAAAUGUUCUGGUUCGACCAAUCAGGCAAUAUUGAUACAACACGUUUAGUUGAAUAAUUAUUAAAUUGAACUUGUCCUGCCCACCAAAAACUGCCAGUUGUCUGGGACAGGUGAGCAGUUUAAAACUUUUCAAGUCGGGGUCCCUAGAUUAAUUGUAUGUUACUCCCUCUCCCAUCUCAAGACUGAAUCUGAAUUAAUUGUGUGACAAGGAUUUGAAAAGUCACUAAGUCUGGCAUUUCUUAAAAACAAUGUAACAAGCUUUGUCCACUAUCAACUCCCAUCCUCAGAAAACACUAUUUUUGAAUUCGUGCAACAGAUUUUACUGAAACAAUUCACCUGAAACUACUGGCUAUCACACACGGACGGGCUUGGGCAGAAAUCAAUAGACUGAGUUUAGGUUGUUCAUUUUGUUCACAUUUUCCCGGAGGUGAAAGAGAAUGGGAUCUAUUGAGAAGGUGUACCGGCAUCAGUUUCACUAAAUUACACUGCAGUCUAUAAUUUGCCACACGUUGGCAUUGCAACUGACAAGUUUAAAACCUUACAUAUAAAAACGAAAAAAAUUAAGUUUACUAUUUUUUGUGUCCUGUAGUUCAUCCAUUCUUCCACAAUUUCCACAAACCCGUACGUUCUCGUUUACUUUCUUACGAUACCCAAAACUGUAGUGAAAUCGCUAUUAUCCGCUUAAUGAUAAUAAUAUAACAAUAAUAAUAUAAUAAAACAAUAUAGUAAUACAAUUGCAUAUAAAUAGCAUAAAAUUCAAAUAACGAUCGAUUCUCUCCCGCAUUUCCCGCAUUUCGGUCGCUUGUAUGUCUAUGGGUCAUUUAAAAAGCAGCGUAUUUAGAUUCGGAAAUAGGAGCCUGGUUGUCAGUAUUCAAUGGUGUGUUUACAAAGGUAAACAGAUUAUGAUGAAGGCAUCAACGGGCCGGAUAAUUGCACGGAUAGCAGCCUGAUUGGGUCUUUCUGAAAGGUGUAUGCCGGAGGGGCUGAGCGUUACUUGCAGAUCAGGCAGUCGUUUAUUGUGGUUUGCACACUAAUCUAUACAUGAAGUGCAUCAUGGACAUGGAUGUGGCAUGGUUUUUAAAUGCGUGACAGUGGGCAUCUGUGUGCACCGAUUUAUUAACUUGACGUGAAGCUUUUCAUCUUACGAGGGGAAAACUUUUUUUAAAUAUUAAGGUAAGAGCUCAUUUUAUCCAUCGAUUUCAGGAAAACCUAUAGCGGCUCCAGUGAUGCGAACUGGGACAGAGGACAACUGAAACCCUAUCUAUACAGCCUAAUCUCCGUGACUCAGCAAGGAGGUAUAAAGGCACGGGCUAUGAAGUAAUUUUAGUUCAUUGUUACACGAAAACAACAGGACAUUUGUAUCAGCAUCAGUCUGGACCUUUUUACUGAGAUCGGAACGGGAAGAAAAAGAAAAAAGAAAAAAAACGAACAUUUCCUCCUGACCUGGGACUUAUAUAGCCUGAUAUGAAGGUGCCGCGGUCUUUAUUUUACUCAGUUAUGCUGUAAAGAGUAACUUAAAGUAGUUUUUUACUUGGAUUUUACUGGGGAAUGGUAGAGCACAACGGUAUGGAUAUUACCUCCCUGAACAAGUACAGAUCUGGUCCCGCUGUUCAUCCCGGUCCAGCCAAGGUUAAAGAUGUGUUUAUAAGGGGCUGGAGUGAUUACCCGGAGAGGACCUCCAGGCUGCUUAGCGCCCAGUAUGGCCUCAAUCUGUUCAUGAUGGGGUCGUCCUUGAUGCUAGCCUUCUCACAUGAGGGCACCCCUAUCCAUGAGGAGCACGUCAUGGUCUUCAUGUCGGGUGUCAUGCUCAUCCAGCUGAUCUGGAUGUUGUGGUAUGCCUUGAAAAAGUUUACAGUCCGGAGAGGAGUCGAGCAAGAUAUCGAUGUGCACGCCGGCCCAUGGUACAUAAGAGCCGGUUUAACAGUUCUGGCGCUGCUUUCCUUAUGCUUGGAUGUUUUACGAAUCGGUUACUACAUGGGCCACAGAGUUUGCCUUGACACCCGUUUCGGGUUCUUCGCCUUCGUUAAAUGUUUUCACACAGCUGCACAGGUGUAUUUCCUUUGGUUUCACGUAUGUGACGUCGUCAUGGGCUUAGAGACUUUCGAAAGGUUUGGUGUGAUGCACGCCAUUUUCACCAACCUUAUUGUUUGGGGCAAUGGUGUUAUGGUAGAGUCUGACCACUACCUGGACUUAGCACUGGCUUUCGUGAACUUCACUGUAGAUGCCCACGUACCUGACUGUAACUGCAGUAGUGGCAUCUGCACUGCAUACACUAAAAGUGUCUACUAUCUGUACCCGUUCAACGUCGAAUACCACGUAAUAGUAUCUGCCAUACUUUUUUGCAUGUGGAUGAACAUCGGCCAGAUCCUUGAACACCAGAUCCCUCGAGGAACAACCAAAGUCAAGCCAGUGGCAGUGAUCAUAGGCCCGGUGCUGGGUGUGCUUGCCCUUUGCAGCACCAUCGCAGUCUUGGUGAUUUACCUCUCCAAGAUGGGUGGAAACACGGAAACGCGAGAUUGGGCCAUCUCAAUGUUUUACAUCUACGGCAUUGUCAUGCUCUUUUCCAUGAGCGUAGCGGCGAUAGUGGGCCUCCUGUUCUACCGGAUGGACCAUUCGCGAUUGGACAACUUACAGAUCACCUCAAGGGGGCUGGAUGCACAUCUACUCUUUGCCACGUCCAUGGGAGCCUGGCUCUUGUCCUGGUGCAGCAUCGUGGCUGUUUUAGCUAACCCGACUUACGAGAGCUACCGCUGGACUAACUUUACGUACUCUCUUCUGAUGGUUAUUGAGAAGUAUGUGCAGAACCUCUACAUCAUCGAGGCGCUCUAUCGCUCUGCUGGGGAGGGAGCAACUGAGCCUCCCUCACAGGUCUUCUCAGUGACUACCCCAGAUGCGUCCCAUAAUGGAGCUGUGAAUCCAGCCUUUGAAGACCAGGAGGCAGGUGCAUCUCAUGGUGCAUCCCAUGAACAUGAGCAGGCCCAACCCCCUCUCCCACCAGGCCCCAAUCCAGAAAGGCCUUCUCCUGAUUUCCUGAGAGUAAAACAAGAAGCCCUGAAGAACGUCUCCAUCUUCUUGCUCCUCUGCAAUGUCUCUCUGUGGAUAAUUCCAGCAUUUGGCUGCCGACCCCAGUAUGAUAAUGAGCUGGAGCAAGAGACCUUUGGCUUUGAGAUGUGGACCACGUUGGUGAACAUUGCCAUGCCUGUGAACCUCUUCUACCGCAUGCACUCCGUCGGGGCCCUCUUUGAUGUCUAUAUCAGGGUGUGAACCAUGGAAACAGAAGUCCUCCUGGUGCAGCAUGUCCUGUCGAGAAUCGAGGCAUUCUUCAUGCCAUGCUGCUGUCCCGGACCAGUAUAGAGUAUAGAAAACCAUGUAGGGUGAGAAGAAAGGUGCGUCGGUCACAAACGAACAUCACACUUGGUGCUCUCUUUUCUGUAUGAGUCGCUGAAACACCACCAAAAAAAAAAACAGAAAAUGGUAGAUUGGACUGUAAAGUUAUAUACUUGAAUUUCUUUUCACUCAGUCACCUUUGAUUGUCAUUUUAAUAAGUGAUGUUUUGCAUGGGAUCCCAAUUAUGUUGAUUUUUUUUGCUGUUUUAACGCACAGUGCCUUUCACAUAUGGACAACAACAAGAAACAAAAGAAAAUGAUGGGAUGGAUGUUUAGCAAGAUAUUUUUAAAAUAGCGUGAGUUCCAAAUGUUGGAGAGAAGUCCUGCCCGAGUUUUGUUGCGAUGAAGAUGCAAUUUAAUCGUCGUGGUUGCUUUAAAUUUUAUGUACUGUCAGAGAACAUUUAUGAAGCAUUGUGACAGCGUUGUGAUCGUGAUACCUAACUUACCACCUCACACUGACAAAGACAUCAAGUGAGAACUGAAAAGGUGUAUAUGUAUAUUGUGUAUAAUAUAAAUCAACAGUAAAUCAUAUCUAAAUAAAGGACCAUCGUGACUCAACUGAACUAAACCAUUGUUUUUAGAAAGUCCCUACUGGUCAAUAUUGACUAAACCGAAAACGAGUCACUUGUCAAUUUUUUGUGAACUUGUAAUUCUUUGCUGAUGAAGAUGCUUUGGAAAGUACACAUCGCAAAUUUUACCUGUAAUGUUAAUGUUAGCAUAGCACCACCGUCAUCAUUUUUUAUGCAAUCUUUUAUUGUGAGCAUGUUUCGAACAUAGCGACUUAGAACUGAAUACGUAAUCCUGUGGGACACUUGAAACCUGUGGCCGACCAACGAGAUGUGUACUCUUGUUACAUACAUGUUGUCUUUGAUAAGAAUCAUUUUUGCCUGUUUAUUUUUUACAUAGUGUUUUAUAGUCAUGUCGAUAUUUUCUGUUAGAAUGUCAUUGAACAGUUGGUUUGUGCUCUGCUGCUUCUGAAGAGAUGAGUUUCGUCCACUGGCAGUCCAGCCUUUUCAUACCAUAUCUCUCACUGUAGUCACGCAUCUUCCUUUAACCACAAAGGACUAAAAGGAUGGUGGGUGGAGAUUUUGGGGUUUUAUCUGACCACAGCAUCGUGGAGAAGAAUAGUUUGGUCAAGCUGAAAUCUCAUCCUUUAGAGGGGGCUGGGGGAUUGAGCUUCAUUCCAAGCCUCCCACCAAAGAUCAUGGUCCUCCAGUUCAUUUUAAACCCUGUUUGGCCAUCUGGAUGUUUCACUGCAGCCUGGCGUGUACCUCUCCCAAAUUCACACCAGUGCAGGGCUCCUCAUGGGGCAUGGGAGCUGACAGUCUUUUCGGCACAAGUUUGGGACCUUGGCUGUGGGGGGAACACCUUGUUGCCCUGUUUUCCAAGAGGAAGGCUGCCUCACAUCUAAGCCCACUUUGUGAGCUUUAGCCAUGAGCCCCCGUCAGAGCAGGGAACCAGCAGAACUCAUGUUUCCAGAGCCCACUGUGGACAUUCCCAUGGUCAGAAUUCCACUACAGAGAGUUACAUCCCACCUCCUUGAGGUCUCCUCUCCAGCACUGAGAGUGUCUGUGAAGCUCCACGUGCAUCACCAGCUUGGGCCUGGGGGGAUGUUCCGUUGAUUUUGCAAUGAAAUGAUAAUGUAAUUGGUGUCGCUACUGCUUCAUUUACUUCAUCAAGGUUUUGAAAAAUAUAUUACAACCCUAAUCUGGUGGUAUGAUCUUAUCCUUGUGAGACUUUAUGUUUUUAAUAUUAGCCUUCUCUCACUGCAAUGGUUUUAUUUUUCUCAAUGUCUGUUUUACUGAUUAUUCACUUAUUUUACUUCUCUGACAAGUAAUUUGACAGUCCAGUGAUAUAUUGGACGUUUGAAUAAAACACUUGAUUUCGAGAUUUGUCAUAUUGGUUGUACAUGAAUCCUCUGUUUGAACUCAU